GGCGAGGCAGCGCGUGACUCAAGUGCGAGGAUAAAAUGCCGCUGAAGAAUCGGAAAACUGACACGACUCCGGCGCUGGCAGCAAUUAUCUAACACUAGUUUGUGUCAGACGGAGACAAAGAGAGAGAGGAAGGGAGAAGGAGAGAGCCAUGAAGAAACACCAGAGUCCUGCGAGGCAGCAGCAGCAGCAACCACCGGCUGAUGCCUCGGUGCCAGCCGACGAGGUUACCGUGCAACAACUCAACGAGCUCCUGUCCAACGGCAGCGGCUUUUACAGCUUACCUACACAACAUUUCAACGAGGUCUUCCCCAGAAUAUACGUCGGCAACGCGUUCGUUGCCCAAAAUGCAAUGCGUCUGCAGAAACUUGGAGUGACGCACAUCCUCAAUGUAGCAGAGGGCAACUCCUUCAUGCAUGUCAACACCAACGCGGAGUUCUACACUGGCACAGGCAUCACGUAUCACGGUAUCCAGGCCAACGACACCGAGCAGUUCAACCUCAGUGCCUUCUUUGAGGAGGGGGCUGAUUUUAUUGAUAAGGCCUUGGCGCACAAUAACGGCAAAGGGAAGGUGUACGUACACUGCAGAGAAGGCUACAGCCGCUCGCCCACUAUGGUUAUUGCUUACCUCAUGCUGCGCCACAAAAUGGACGCUCGAGUAGCGGUGGCCACUGUGAGGCAUAAGAGGGAGAUUGGUCCUAAUGAUGGCUUCCUUCGCCAACUGUGCCAACUUAAUGAGAAGCUGGCAAAGGAGGGCAAGCUGAAUGGGGAGGUGGGAAAACUAAAGACCAAAUGAAAAUAGAGAGGCAUAAAGAUGAAGAGACCCUGUACCCUUUUUCCUCCCAUCAUGCCUUUCACGAGUUUCAGCUGCUCUCUGAGACUGAUCCCUCCCUGACCAAACCAGCACACAUCUGACACACCAGGGGUAUUCUGAAACACUAACAUACACAUACAGUAAAUUGAUCUACAUGUGUAUUUCUUUCCCAUACAUGCUCACAAUCUCAAACACAUACUUGCGUACACACGCUUACACUGGUCAUCUAUAAUUCAUACUGCUGUUUUUGUUUUUUCUAAUCUUCAGUCCUGUUUUGUCACUGCUGUAAGGGUUUGUAGGGGUACAUCUGUCGGCCCUCUGCCCGCUCCUGCUGCAAAGACAAGAUGAGAGCGUGAUCUCUGCGGCUCAAAAAGAAAGCCUCAUCCUCUUGUCUAACUCCAUUCAACACAGACAUUCAGGCGUCACACUGCUACUACCCUGAAUGCUCCAAAUUUCCAUCAAUAUCAUUUUUGACCUGAGCUACUUACAAAGCCUUCUCUCAGUUCCCACAAGUUGAGAAUGUGAAUACUGUGCUCCAGUUUCUGAGCCUGUAAGUUUUAAACAAUGGUAUAAAAUAGUAGAUUAUAGCACAAUCAUUCCAUAGUUUUCCACUGCCGGGAAUGUCAUGAGGUAUCAGUGAUGUCACCACCAGAACGAGUGUUGCCUAAAUUCACAGAGUAGUAUGACUUUUUCUAUGUUGCAUGUUGCAGUAUUUGAGAUAUUAAAGCUGAAGUCCACAAUGUUUUUUAAAUUAGAGACCUCCUUCGAUGAAAAUCACGUUUUUAACCUUGUUAACAUGUCAUAUGGUAGAGACACAAAUAAGCAGUCAGUGCCAUGGCUGAGUUUUUCCACUUUGAAAAUGCAGCAACCAGGGACAAGAUCAAAAAUCCAGAUUCAGACAGGCGAGGUUAUUGACUUCAUACAACUAAGGAACCAAUCCUGUUAACUGACGGCGUGGUGCUUUCCAUACUGUUAGCACCAGCCCCGUUGGAUGCUGGGCUGACGCUGGUCAUGUUUUAUUUUCAAAAAAUCAACAAGACCAACUUGAAAUGGCUGCUUCAUAAGAAACAUAAUAUUAGUGUAACUAAGAGAUUCGCUGACUUUUUUUUUUUUUUUUUUUUUUUUUUUUUUUAAUAUUGAUAGAUUAUUAAAUCCAAUCCAAAAGUGUGAGUUGGUGUGCAAUCAGGCAGCGGGUGGGUGGGAACUAUUUGCGUAUUCUUAGGUCCACGCAUUCUUAAUGAGGGCAAGGUGUAGAGUUACAUUUAAGCUGGUUUAAACCAUUAAGGAAUGUUAUUUCCAAUGUUUUUUUUUUGUUUGUUUGUUUCUUUGUUUUUUAAUUCUCCACCAUGGAGUGACAGCAUAUGGAUUUCAGCUUUAAAUCCCAAAAUAUUGAAAGACCUUUGGUCAGCUUGUUCAGUUUAUAUGAUGCAACAAAGAAACAAGACAAAAUUGGUCAGCUAUGACAUACCGGAAGUCACAAACAAGGCAAAAGAUAACAGGAGUCCUGUAAAAAGCGAUUGGGUGGAGAAAAAAAGUCAAACAUUCCAUGAAGAAAGGGAGAUGGUUCCCAGAGUUUUGUUAGACCACUCAUAUCUUUCAAAUCCUUAAUCCUGUAGCUUCUAGCUACAGAGUGGAUGUUAUAUGCACAAACAAGUUACCACUUGUUCACACUCUAUUCCAUCCGAACAAGCUAGCUUUAUGUAGCAUUUUCAUCGCUCCCCUUGACUCUCCCCUUCAAUGCAUCACCAGGGAUGGAUGCCACUCGUUUUCAGUACAAAGAAAGGUACAGUAAUUGUACCAGAGAGUUUUCCACUGCCAAUUCCCAGACACAGACAUCAAGCCAGUAUCCAGUAACACUCUUUCAUCAAAACAAUUUGUUUGAGGCCCAUAUGCACAUGUCACUUGUUUUAGUCCAGUGUGUGUGUUCCACAGUAAUGUAUGUUGGCUGGCCUAAUGCACACACAGGGCUGAAUCACAAGGCCUUUUUUGUUUGUCUUUAUUAGUACAUUGCAAUAUAUGUCAAUACCCCCAUUAAGCCUUUGCAGUGUAAUCACAUCUAAGAAUGACAAUGUUGUAUUUCCCAUAGUGCACAAUAGAACUCUAGUUGUAACAUAUAGGCAAUGGUAGUUCAUCAACAAUACUUAUUUAUUACUCGGAAUAAUACUGUAUACUAUAUGUAGAGCCAGAAAGGACACUGUUAGAGUGUUUCAAAAAACCCUUACAAGGUCUCUCAUCAAGAGAGACUGAACAAGAGACAGCCACAGAACUGUUUUAGAGACAAACUCCCUUGGAGGUGGAACUGGGAGGACGAGGGAGAUUGGGGAGAGGGAGCAAUGUAAAGUCAGAACUGUUCAGCUGGAAUACCACCAGCACCACUUCAGUGUACACACUGCACACAGUAUAGAGCGUUGGUAGUUCAGCCACUAUGUCCCACAUGUCAAAUUGCAUAACGUUCACGAAUAAAUGGCCAGAGGCACGUCAGCAUUAUUCGAAGGGGAUAGUUGUCGCACUAGCCAAGAAAUUGAGUCAGUUCAGCUAGGUUGUCUCACCUCAUUAAUGGCACUAUUUAUUCCUCCUUUGAUAUAGCUCUAUACAUAUGAAUAUAUACAUGUAUAUAUACAUAUUUAAGUGUUGACAUAUAUGAAUGUAUGAGCAAUGUGUCUAUAAUGUGUAGGUAUUGUUAGUACAUGUCUUAGUCCUUAUAUAUCAACCAUAUUAUAUUUGUAUAUGACAUCAAAGGAUAAUCAACUUUUGCACAGCUCUUAUGUCAUCUACUUUUCUGUUCCACAGUGCAUUUACAUGCACAUUAAUAUUCUGGUUUUAUUUGAAACAUUUAAGUAUGAGAUGCAUGCAAAGUGUCAUCUUCUGUUUGCAAUAACCUGGAUUAUUUCAUUUACAAGUGAUAAAAAAAAUUCCAUUAUGAUAGCAAGGAUAUGCCAACAUUAGCUGGGAUACUGAGGCAUGUAAACAUCUUAUCCUGUUUACGAUUGCUUUUACAAUCUCUAAGUUCAUUGUCCAUAUUAGUACUUGGAAUAUUCUGUUUAUUCAUAUUUAUGGCAAGAAUCAGGAAAAGCAUAUGAGAAUGCAUAUAGAUUAACCUGCGUAUGACCAUAGCUGGGAUUUGAGCCAGCAUCUGGAAUACUGCAUGCAUGUCAACACCUUGAGGGUUAUACUCACCCGUUCACCUCUUCAUAUGGUGCAUAAAAAUAUUUAUUUCUUUGCAUUGCUAUCAGAUCUUCAUAACCAGAUAUAGAAGCGGUCACACAUAUUGUGAUUGGAAUUCUACAUAGUAUGGAUGCAAUCCAGCCACACUGCACAUACAAGCAACGUAAAAAAAGUGGAGAGGGAGAGUGGGAAAAAGCAAUCCAGAGAUAUAAGUAAAUACAGCCAAAGGUCAUGAGUUCACACAGCAAUCUGAUCUCACAAAGUGUGAUCUUAAGUGUAUGAUCUCAAAAAUUGCAUUGAAAUGCCAAAUGUUGCUGUAGACUCUGACACAUUAUUGGCAGAGAGGAAAAGCCAGGGAAGGUAAUAUUAUCGCAGGGAGUUGGAAUUGAGGGUAGUGCAUCGUAAACUGUUGUUGAGUGAGAACAGGAGUGCAGUUGUGAUGGCUCUCAUGGGAGAUGUUGCAAACUUGCACUGUGUAAGUGACAUACUGCUGAGUCUGGGUCCCAGUGAUGGUCUCAGUCCUAGUUAUUAUCCUGUAUUUUUCCUAUCCACUCUGGAUCCUUGUCCUUUUUACUCAUGCAGCUUAAAGUUGCAUGAGUAAAACGUCAUUGCACCUGAGCAAUGUUUUAGAUAUACUUUUAAAGAAAUACUCUUACUUUGUAUGGCAAGAUAAAUCAAGUCCAGUAGCUGAAAUAUUUGAGACAGUUUAAAAGUAUAGUGUCAUACAGGUUUGCUCAUGCAUUGUAGUCUGUUUAAAUCAUCUCAUCAUGAAUCCAAUCCAGUUGACACCCAACUGCACAACAGUGGGGUUUGCCCAGUAAAUUGCAUAACAAACACAAAGGUGUAUCCAUGCACACCAUUUAACAUUCCUGUGUAAUGAAAGAACCCAGAAUCAGUGUACAUACAAUGCUAUGAAUGCACCGUGGUGUAAAUACACGGAGAGAUAGAGAAAAGAACUUUGUCCCCUUACACAAACGCAAAUGUCUGUGCCAUGUGCUCUACUAAACAAAAGGCAUUUACGAAUGACUGGCUUCAUGGUCACACAAAUGCACUGGGGGUUUCUCAUUCAGAUAUUUGUGUCUGCUCUGCAAGAGUGUCGUCUGAGUAUUCAAAAGGCAACAACUCCAUUCAGAGCAGUAUUUGUUUGGGUGCUGUGUCAUCCAGUUACACCUCAGUAUGUAAUUUGCUACUGAAAGGUACAGUUUUUGAAUGGAGGAAUUCCCUGAAAUCAGUUCAGGACGAGGGCAUGUAUUUUAACGCAUCAACUGCCUGCACCAACCUGUAGGUUGAAGGUUUGUGUUUAUGUGCCUCAGGGUUAACAUAACUAUUCCCAGGAUAGUGCAGAGAAAUAGAUGAAACUAGUUUAUUCAGUGGUAGAAAUCAUUUGUCAUGCAUUUAUGAUGCACUACUUGUGCACUCAUGUUACGGACAUGAUAUUGUAAUUCAAAGAUCAUUUCUCUCAAACAUUUGAAUGCCAGAUCAUUCUUAGAGCAUUCUGAUGGAUGAAAGGGGCAACAGAGUUUAAAAAUUUCAAACAAUUUCUUCUGCGGGCAGAAUAAUGAUGCAGCAGAGCAAGCAUAAAAAGUUAACUUCUACAUGGCUACACCGUAAAUCAGUUGGCCCACCCUUUUAUGCAUUGAAUAACAAAGAUACACUGCCAUCUGCUGUUGAAGAUUUGCAUUUUCCAAGGCCGAUAAAAUGUCUCAUUAUGGCCCAAUGAGACAUUUUUUGUCCAGGAUUGAAACCCUGUAAUGUCAAUAGCAAACGUAUUAUUAUUAUUAUUAUUAUUAUUAUUAUUAUUAUUAUUAUUAUUAUUAUUAUUAUUAUUAUCAUUUGAUUGGUUUUUACAUGGUACCAGCAUCAUUUUGUGGGUUUUGUUCACAGUACAGUAUGUGAUAUUUUGUCAAGGAUGUCAAAUGUGACCUGCCAUAAUGUAUAUUGUUAUAUAUACUGGGUACGUAACACGCACUAAGGCUAUUGUGAAUUGCUGCAUUUUACUGUCAUAACUAGCCUACUGUAUAAAUAGGGUACUGUCUGAAUAUCAGAUCUACAGCUAGAUCUAGUGUUGAAAUUGCAAUGAAACAUUCCUUUUACUUGCUUUUCCUCCUAGUAUUGUUUGGUUAACUUAAAUUUACAUUUGUCCUGUUACAAGGACUUAAAUCUAUGAGUUGUCUAUAGGCUGAUUAUUUCGCUAUACUAAUAAAGAAUAUUCUUUUUGUAAAGUAGGAUUCUGAAAGGUGUCCACAUGGAAGUGUGAUUGUGACUCACUUCUCCCUCUUCACCAUUUAGUCAGCUAAGUCAUCAUCCAUGUUGUGUUGCCAACAGUGGCAGUCAGAGCUGGAAGUAAUGGCAAAUAAUGACAGAAAAGUACAUUAAACUGACUCACAGACAAUUUCCUUAAAUUAUUGUGUGGCGGCCUUUCGUUGUCUAAUUUGGCAAAAACCAGCCACCAAGUAGGUAAAAGCAAUCUGUGACUAUUUGUUCUGAUAUUAUUUGACUCUUCUGCCACUGACAACUGACAAACAUGGCAACUUAACUGGCUGACUGGACUUAUGUGUUAAUAUAGUGAUUCUCAUCCGCCUGCUAUGACAAGAAAGUUCAUACAAACACAUGGAAUUAUUAGCAGAUACUGUUUGGCUGAGGUGAGGUACUGACACCAGAGCUUUCAUCCUCCUGCUGCUCCCGUACAGACACUUGGCUUGUAGCAGGAGUUUUAGCACAAUGAACCCACUGCCUCCCUCCUCUUGGACUCCUCACCAUAGUCAACUUCUCACAUUGUCACAUGGUUGCACUGAGAUGUCACUGAGGACUCUGUUGUGAUGUUGUCAGCUUGUGGAUCGGUUGUUUAGAGGUUUUUCCAGCUAUGUAUCUGUCACCGCCAGUGAAGAGGUCAAAGAAACGCAUCAUAACAGGAACAACACAGCAUCCCACCCAAAGCCUUACAGUGAAGAGUGAUUCUUUGGAUCUGUUUUUGAUUUUGUGUAUCUCACCUCACACAACAGGAAGGGGCAGUUCCCUUGCAGAUGGAGACACUGUUUGUCGAAGUGCACUUGAUUUUAAAUUGCAAUGUUAUUUUUAUUAACUUGAUGAAGUCCUUUCUUUCUUAAGUUUAAGAAUAAAUGGCUAAGA